UGUUUUGUUCUGUCCGUCCAGUGUUUGACGCGUUGGUGCUCUACUCUAAACUGGACCCAGACAGAAAAAGAGAAAAUCUCCCUAGAUAACCCUUGUUUUUGCGUUGACUUGAGUGGCAGACAACGGUGACUCUUUUCAGCCUCUUUUUUCAAGAAGUUUACAGGCUGGAAGGCGAUCUCGGCUGACUGGACACAGUGAGAUAUCUAACAUAUCUGAAAAUGUUAGUACUGAUGUGCAUCACAAUAACACGGUCAACAACACCCUGUGUUUACGUACUUAUGCGAAGAAACGAGCGCGAUUUGAGUUGCAACCUGUCGUGGAUGCGUACUUUUCUGCUUCAGUAUAAUCCAGGGCACACGUGAUGCGCAAAUCACUUUUGUAGCAACAUCUCUCAUUUGUCAGAUGAAAAUCCUUGCUGUUUCUUAUGCUUUAAGCCCGGAGCUUAACAUAUUUGAGGGGUUUUCGUUUUUCUUUUCUUUUUUUUUAAAUUGACACUGCUUUACCAUCAUCAUCACUCGCGCACCAUGCCAACUUUUGCUCGCGUUGCGUUUGUCUCGUAGUGGAGAGAACUGGAAACUGUGGAUGCCUGAAUGAAUGGGGAUCGUGCUUUGUGAAGAUUUCAACUGUCAACAUCUUGCCAAUUGUAUGUGCUUGUCCAGACAAGUGAGUGCCUAUCGUCCUCAUUCGUAUAUCCGUUUUGAGCCAAGAACAAACAGACAACAGAGAACGCGUCACAUUCCGCCAAUGUCGAAGAAACGCAAAACUCCAGACGACGGCGGCGGCGAGGAUUCCCUUCAACAAGGUCUGACGGAUGAGAAAGUGAAGGCUUAUCUCUCCCUUCACCCGCAGAUGCUGGAUGAGUUUGUGCUGGAGAGUGUGAGUGCAGAGACCGUAGACAGAUGGCUGAAACGGAAAAACAGCAGCCAGCCUGCAGAUGAAUCUUCAGCUAAAGAUAUCAGCAGGCAGUACCAGGACACGAAUAUGCAGAGCGUCGUAUAUGAGCUCAACAGCUACAUGGAGCAGCGGCUGGACACUGGAGGAGACAACAAACUACUGCUCUAUGAGCUGUGCAACAUCAUUAAAACAGCCACAAAAGCUGAUGGAUUUGCACUUUACUUUCUUGGAGAAUGCAACAAUAGUUUAUGUUUGUUCACUCCGACCGGGGCAAAAGAGGGGCUUCCUGGGCUCAUCCCCUCUGGUCCCAUCACAUUUGGGACCACCAUUGCCGCUCACGUUGCAAAGACACGCAAGACACUACUUGUAGAGGACAUCAUGGGGGACGAGAGGUUCCCUCAUGGCACAGGGCAAGACUCAGGGAUCCGUGUACAUUCUGUUUUGUGUCUACCCAUCCUCACUGCCAUCGGAGACCUCAUCGCUAUCCUGGAGCUGCACCGGCACUUGGGCAGAGAGCCCUUCAACCUCAGCCACCAGGAGGUUGCAACAGCAAAUCUGGCCUGGGCAUCUGUAGCCAUACACCAAGUCCAGGUCUGCAGGGGUCUUGCCAAACAGACGGAACUCAAUGACUUUCUCCUAGAUGUGUCAAAAACAUACUUUGACAACAUAGUGGCAAUAGAUUCUCUACUUGAACAUAUCAUGAUAUAUGCAAAAAACCUGGUUAAUGCAGACAGAUGUGCGCUCUUCCAGGUAGAUCACAAUAAUAAAGAGCUGUACUCUGACCUGUUUGACAUCGGGGAGGAGAAUGAAGGGAAACCUGUCUUUAGGAAAACCAAAGAAAUUAGGUUUUCUAUAGAGAAAGGAAUAGCAGGUCAGGUGGCGAGAACAGGAGAAGUUUUGAAUAUUCCGGAUGCCUAUGCAGACCCCCGUUUCAACAGAGAAGUAGAUCUCUACACUGGCUACACGACGAGGAAUAUACUGUGCAUGCCAAUAGUCAGCCGUGGGACUGUGAUUGGUGUUGUACAAAUGGUUAACAAGCUGGGAGGAAGUGCCUUCACUAAAACUGAUGAGAACAACUUUAAGAUGUUCGCCGUCUUCUGUGCUUUGGCCUUACACUGUGCAAAUAUGUAUCACCGGAUAAGACAUUCAGAGUGCAUUUACCGGGUGACGAUGGAGAAGCUUUCGUACCACAGCAUCUGCACGUCAGAGGAGUGGAAGACCCUCACACAACUCUCCCUCCCUUCAGCCAUAUAUAAAGAGAUCGAACUGUUUCACUUUGACAUUGCUCCUUUUGAGGAACUUUGGCCUGCAAUAUUUGUAUACAUGGUUUACAAUUCAUGUGGAAAAACCAGCUUUGAGCAGGAGAAACUGUGUCGCUUCACUAUGUCAGUGCGGAAAAAUUACAGACGAGUUCCAUACCACAACUGGAAACAUGCUGUGACGGUGGCACACUGCAUGUACGCCAUCCUGCAAAAAACCACUGGGAUCUUCACUGAGCUUGAGAGGAAAGGCUUGCUGAUUGCCUGCUUAUGUCAUGACCUGGACCACCGUGGCUACAGUAACAGUUAUCUGCAGAAGUUUGACCAUCCGCUGGCUGCUCUGUAUUCCACAUCCACCAUGGAACAGCAUCACUUUUCACAGACAGUGUCCAUCCUGCAGCUGGAAGGGCACAAUAUUUUCUCCAACCUGACUUCCAGUGAGUAUGAGCAGGUGCUGGAGAUCAUCAGAAAGGCCAUCAUUGCUACAGACCUCGCUUUGUAUUUCGGCAACCGCAAGCAGCUGGCUGAACUGCUGGCCACAGGGGCGCUGGACCUCAACAACCGUGCUCACAGGGACCGUGUUAUUGGUCUGAUGAUGACGGCCUGUGAUCUCUGCUCUGUGACCAAACUGUGGUCCGUCACACGACUCACAGCCAAUGACAUCUAUGCUGAGUUCUGGGCUGAGGGGGAUGAAAUGAAGAAGAUUGGAAUGCAGCCCAUCCCUAUGAUGGACAGGGAUAAAAAGGAUGAGGUUCCCCAGGGACAGGUGGGGUUUUACAAUGCUGUGGCUAUUCCCUGUUACACCACCCUGUCAGAGCUGUUUCCUCCCUCCAGUCCUCUGCUUACAGCCUGCAGUGAAAACCUGGCCCAAUGGGAACGAAUCGUGCAAGGAGAGGACACCUCUGCGUGGGCUUCCAAUGACAAGGCCGAACUGAGCGAGACAACAGACAGUGGACCAGUAAAAGUGGACAACUGAAUCUGUGGCACCUGUCCCACAGUGCCACCUACACCCUGCCAGAGACACUGGACUUCCUGUGGACAGUCCCACAUCCUGCAGAGACAGGAGGAAGUGCAGAGGGCAGGCGGGGAAGGAUACAUUCAGAAAAAAGAAACAAAACAUAAUGUUACCUCAGUUGGUGACGGAGGCGUACACUCUAAUGACAUCAGGGCUCCCUCGUUGAUGGCUGGGACUCAAGUCCACUCUGUGUGGGAUCACUUCAGCAGAAUAGCAGUACUUUUCCUUAGGAGGUUUCUUCUGCAUAUUUUUAUUUAGGUGAUUAUUUUUCUUUAUCUCAGUUUCUUUGCUGGUCUUACAUUUGAAGAGGCCUUAAAUACGAACCUGAGUUACGAUCUGGUUGGGUGACUUGUAACUAGAAGAUGGUUCGUCUAGUUAAAAUGGUACUUUUUAUCCUGCUGUGGUCACAAAUGUUGUACGCAAAGCUACCUGAGUGGAUUUAUUUUUUAAGACAGACAGAAAGAAUGUUAAGUCACGGUAAAGGUGCAUGAGGCACGAUAAACCCAUCACUCUGGUGGUCUGAUGGAUGUUUUAUAUAAUAUUUUGAGCAAAGAUGUUUUGCAGUACUUGAAUGAAGAAAUACAGCCUAUUCUGAGUGGAGCUGAAAACAAAAAUACCCUAAAGCUUGUCCUUCCAAAGCAAAGAGCUUUUGUGAUGGCAAAAUUUUCACUCUGAACCUUACUGUAGUCACACACAAGUCACGGUGUUCCUCACUGAGAUCUGCAGCAUCUUCAAACCUGAUAUGACAUUUAACCCGUUGAAGUUCAUAGCGUUAUUGAAAUUUAAAAGAGAUCAAAUAAGGAAUCAAAUGUUUCUGUUUCCAUUGUACCAAAAACUUACUGUAAAUUUUAAAACUUAAAACCCCCUUCAUGCAAGUUUUUGACGUCAGACUGCCUGCGCUUACACGUCAACUGAAGCACACUAAUUAGAUGUUCAAGAACAGAAGUCUUAAAGAAACAACUAAAAAAUAAAAAUAAAAAAAUAAAUGUAACUGUAUGAAUCGAACAGUUACAUUUAUUUACAGAAAUUAAAGAAAAGGAUUACAGAAUGAUCCCAUGCGAAUCGUGCUGCAUUUUAGUGUUCUGAGGGCAUAUGAUAUGAUUUGAUGGAAAACAAGCCAAAAUGUAAAUUAUUAUUUUAGUACAUUUUUGCACACUUUGCCCAUUGGUUUACUUAAAGAGUACAUAAUGACAGAAUUUUCAUUUCUGUGGGACCUCUCCCUUUAACUCUGUGGACUAGCCCCCUUCAAAAUACCCGACCAAUCCUAUCUUACUAACUAGUGCAGGGAUUUCUAACCCUGCUCCUGGAGAGCUACCAUCCUGCAGACGUAAGUUCCAACCAUGCUCCAACACACCUGUCUGUAAUUAUCAAGUAGCCCUGAACACCUUGAUUAGCUGGUUCAGGUGUGUUUGAUUGGUUCAGGUGUGUUUGACUAGUGCAUCCCCCAUAAAACCAGACAAACUGCUCCUCUUCUCUAAUGUACAUUUGAAUUCUGCAUGUUUGGAUUCUUUAAAAGGAAUUGGAUAGAAAUCUUACAAAAAUGUUUCUACAACACACAAAACUAUCUAAUAAUGAGAACAGAAAGAUAAACACAUUACUUUCCCUUUUCCAAAUUUAAAUAAACCUUUAGAAGGUCAUACUGUGGAUUAAAUUUUGUAACUCUCAUUCCCAAAUCACAGUCUUCAGAGAUCAUUGUUUCUGUGAAAAUCAAACAUUUCUUUACAAAAAAUCAACAGAUGAAUGAUGCUUUUUAAUGUCACAUUUCUUCACUGCUUUAUGAACACAUUCUGCUCCAGUUUCUAUGGAACAGUCUGUACAAGUUUGUGUGAGCAAAGAACAGUAACCAAUGGGAUGGAGCUUAGUGAAGGGGCGAUUGAAAAUGCAUCUGACACUGACAAUUGCACUUUCUGGAGAGUAAGAUUUAUUUCAUCUACAUUAGAAGUUGUCAAACGCAGACUAAGCUGAAUCUCAAGUUGCGACCAAACAAAAAUGUUUACCAUCAAUAUAAUGCCUUCGUUUCAGAUUUUCAGUUUUUUUUUCUUUGUAUCUGUAAGAUGCACCUGCAGUCCCUGCAGACAGUGAUGGAGCUCUGACUGACUGAUGGCCUACUGUAAAUACUGCGGGACUGAUGAGUGAAUGUAAUCAAUACUGUCACAAACUGCUUCAAGAUGCCUGUUAGUUUUUAAGUGUACCAAUGGUGUACACCAUCGGAUAUGGGAAUGUUAAUCAUGGCUUCCAAUGCACUGUGUGUAGAGAGAUUGAGUUUGGAGAUGUAAGUAAGCUACAUUCUAAUGGUGCUAUCUUAGGCAGUCAUGCACUUUCUGAUCCUGUGCGCAUGCGAGUAUGUGUGUGUGUUCACUCUGGAGUAAUGCUACCAACCCCGUGUACUACAGAGUCAUUUCAGCACCGCUCACCUCAGUCACCCAAGAACAUCCACAACCAGUUGUCAUUCCCCUCAUAUGCACUAUGUUUAGAGACUAUUAUUAUUGUUAUUAAUAUUAUUGCUCCUAUUAUAUUAUUAUUGCCACAAUUAUUGAUUAUUACCAUUGUUAUUUUGUUAAUUACAGUUCAAUUUUAAAUUAACUUAUAUUUUUUAUACAAAGUUUAGCAUUAUUGUUUUGUACAGAACAAAUUGUACAUUAUGGAAUAAAGCGAAUGUUCAUUUAGAGAAACUGUAUACUGUUGCCCGAGAUAAAUGUCUCAACUCUAAAUGUAUGAGCAGUAAUUACUUUUAUUAAAUAUUUCUGAUAAAUACAAAUUGUGUAAUAUGUAUUUUCUGAAUUUUUAUGUAUGUAUGUGUUUAUUUAUUUACUUCCUUACAUAAAGAUUUACAAUAAUCAA